GGCUGAAGUGAUCAUAAAUACACAACUUCACUGCGCUUCACAGCAGCGUCUAAGGACAUUUUAAAAGCAUUUGUGGGGUGGAGUGUCUGUGCCCGGUAACUUACCACGUCGAUCGCAGUUUCUUUUGAACAGACGGGUAUUAACGCGUGAGCGGGCAUACACGGAGUGUGUUUAAGAGCUGCAGGAACAUCCCGCACGGAGGCGCUGUUUAUCGUCGCUAACCUUCACGUUCAAAGCUCACUGCCUUUGCAGGGCUUCUCCAAGCGUGGACGGUAGUAAGUAGACGAGUGAACUUGCUCCGUAGAGCCCUGCCUCCACUGCACUGAUUACAAGCGCGUUGCUCGCGCUUUACUCCCGCGGUCCGUGCUUUGGGACUGAAUCAGCAAAGCGUAAAGUUACGGGUUUACUCUAACGACCGGACAUGAUCAUGUUAAGUUGGCUCCGAGUUUCCCCGAACAAUCGGACGUAAUCAUGUUUUGUACACAUGUACACCUUUUAUGGUCGAGCCCUUGUCCACUGUAUGUAGAUGAAAUGUCAACCUGAAGCUAACUUCGCCAUCCCGAUAGCAUUGCUAUAUAUACAUAUAUAUUAUAGGGAGAGUUUAACAGAAGCAUUUUGCUCGCACAGCUGAUGAAAGACAAAUGCUUUUCUGGAAACUGUACUUUACUACAAUGUUGAAUAUCUCUUACUACAGUACACUGCAGUUACGUGGAUCCUGCUUCGGAGGAUUUUAUACAUACAUGCAUACAUGCAUAUCUGUUUGCUUUGUCACUUGUUGCUAUGGCAGCAAUGACAUUUGGAAACUCAAAGAAAAAGACCUGCUCUGCACUCUUGGAACUUUAUAACCACAUGGGAUGAAAGUUAUGAUCUGUAUGCGCUCCACCAAGGCCUACUUGGUUCAGUCCAGCCUGUCCUCUCCGUAGAGACUGACACUAAUCGACGACAAAUCUGGCUUUCUGAUUACUGUUGGCAUAGACUUCUUUCUACAAAUUAUGAUUUCUCAGGCGUGUCUCCGUGGUAACCGGCUGGUUCUGCACGUGCUCGGUAGACAGGCAGCGCGGAGCAGUUCCUGCGAUGUUCCGUUUGUUCAGACCGACUCUCGCCAUGAACUGGAUGCUCACACACUUGCUCAAACACACACAGCCUCACUCUUCUCACAGUCUUCCAUUGGAGCCUUCUUCCAGGAAAAGCCUGUACUCAGAAAUCCGUUUACCCAGGAUGCACUGCUCAGAGGAUACCUGCGCAGACACGUGCCUCUGCAGGAGGUGGAGUCUGACUUGUCCCGGUUUGGCCAGCGUGUUGUGGAUGAGAUUGAUGAACUGGGCCGCCAGUGUGAGCAGAAUCCCCCUCACCUGCAGCAAUAUGAAGCGUGGGGUCGCCGCGUUGACCGCAUUAUCACCUGCCCUGCUUGGACUCGCCUAAAGCACAUCUCCGCACAGGAAGGCAUGGUUGCUGCGGGAUACGAGAGACGCUUUAAAGAGUGGAGUCGUGUGUAUCAGAUGAGUAAGCUCUACCUGUAUGCUCCGUCUGCUGGCCUCUAUACCUGCCCACUUGCUAUGACUGAUGGAGCUGCUAAAGUCAUAGAGUCUCUGGGUAUGCCUGUUAAGGAGAUGUUUGAACGUCUGACUACUCGGGAUGAGCAGAGAUUCUGGACAUCAGGCCAGUGGAUGACUGAGCGAAAGGGGGGCUCAGACGUUGCAAAUGGCACAGAGACGGUUGCCUGGCGACAAGAGGAUGGGUGGUACCGGCUGCGUGGCUUUAAAUGGUUCACUUCUGCAACGGAUGCCGACGUCACCCUCAUACUCGCACGCACCGCAGAUAAUAAUGGCAAUGUCACACCGGGCAGUGUGGGCGUGUCUCUGUUCUGUGCCGAAGUUUGGCAGUCAGAUGGAAACAUUAAUGGAGUUGAAAUACAGAGACUUAAGGACAAACUGGGCACCAGACAGUUGCCCACUGCUGAGCUACUGCUGGACGGCAUGCAAGCUAAAUUGCUGUCAGAGGAAGGGAGGGGUGUGGCCUCCAUAGCCAACAUGCUGACUCUCACUCGCAUCCAUAACACGGUGUCUGCUGUUGCAGCUAUGAGAAGAAUAACACAGCUGAGUAGGGAAUACUCCACCAAGCGCUCUGUGUUUGGGAUGCUACUGAAGGAUCAUUCUCUCCACGUACAGACACUGACCAGACUGGAGGUUGAAACACGAGCAGCGUUUCUGUUGAUGAUGGAAGUGUGUCGUCUGUUAGGCCGAGAAGAGACGGGUGUUGCUACAGAGAGAGAGACACGCCUACUGCGUCUCCUAACACCUGUAGCUAAACUGUACACUGGCAAACAGGCAGUUGCUGUAGUUUCGGAGGGGUUGGAGAGUUUUGGAGGUCAGGGCUAUAUAGAAGACACAGGACUACCUGCCAUUCUCCGAGAUGCACAAGUACUCAGUAUAUGGGAAGGCACCACCAAUGUUCUCUCACUGGAUGUUCUACGUUCAAUUUCUAAAUCCUCAGGCCUUGUGCUGGAAGCAUUCUUUUCAGACGUGAAAGACCGUUUGCACGUUGCCAGUCCUGCUCUGGGUCCUGUGGUGUCUCGUGUUGGGGCCUCCCUCUCCAGCCUGGCUCAGUUUAUCCAGACUGCAGCAUCACGCCCCCCUGCCAGUCUGGAACUCGCAGCACGGGACCUGGCUUACAGCCUUGCUCGCAUUUAUAUGGGUGUUCUACUAGUUGAUCAUGCAUCGUGGGAAGGUGCUUCACACUCAGACAUAUACGCUGCAGUUAGAUGGUGUGAGCAGGACCUUUGCCCUGUAGUCAGUGGUGAAGCCAAAGGGUGUUACAGUUCUGACACUCAAGCAAAGGACACUGCUCUGGUUUAUGAGGGCUUAGAAGAUGAAGACUGAACCAACUCGGUCAUGCAUACACACACACUCACGUUAUGAUUUCUUCCAACUACUGUUUGAAGUACCACACACACAAAUCAACGUUCACAAUAACUCUCCAAACACAGUACCCCACACACACACCUACAUACACAUUAAUGCUCCAAACACAAUAGCAGACUCAUGACUCCCACACACAAGCCCUAGCUUGGUAAUGGGAAGUCGUAAUUCCUGAAUUUGUGUAGUGGUUCAGUAUGUUAAGGUUCAGUAUCUUUUGUGUGUGAUCUUGACAAAGCUAUCCCAUCUAACUGCAAACACUGUGUGUGUGUUUGCUAUUAAGAAUGAAUGAAUGGUUUUGUGUUAUAUCUAUUUCUAACUAGUAGUAAUAUGUGCAGUUCUCAUUAUUAUCUACAGUUUAAUUUGUUGAUUGUUAAAGCAUUUGUUACAGACUUCUCAGUGAAACUGUAUUGUUUGAUAAUAAAGUGCUAAAAUAUUCUUCAUCUGA